UUAAAGGGACUCACAGGUGUACAGUAAAACGUGAGUCACACAGCGCAGGCGUUCGCAGAGAAGAGAUUAAAUAUCUACUGUUAAGUCAGCGUGAGAAAAAGGACAUUUUUUAGAGUCACAUUGGGCUUCUUUUUUUUUUGACUACAGCCAUGUGAUGGCAUAUGAGUCGAGUGUGUAAUGUAACAAUCCCCACCGACGCUUGUGCAGUGUUUGACGCUCAGUGACAUGACAUGGACGGCGGAAUGUCUCACUGAGAGCAGAUGAACUGAAGAACGAUGUCGGACCAGGAUUUUGGCUUAAGUUUAUCAGCUGCGCCCCCGCUUCGCAGGGGUAGCACCCCCUUGCCAAUCAAGCAUCAGCUGAGGCGAGAGGAAGCUGUGUCCGAGGAUUACGACUGGACGCCGGGACUCGACGAGUCUGCCACUCCGCAAAUCAGCAUCAGCAAUAUCCAAGAUUCUCCUUCCCCAAAACCGCCACAGCAAAAGUACCACGGACCGCUUCGGAUAGUACUGUUGGGCCAAAACGGAGUGGGCAAAUCCUCUCUGGCACUUUGCAUGGCUGGACUGUCAGACAGAUCACUCUCUAUAGACUCUGAAACCCAAGCAACCGAUGAGGGUUACCAGCGGCGAGUGACUGUGGAUGACGAGGACAGCACAAUUUUAGUGUAUGACAACUGGAAACAGGAGCUGUCCACCCUGCAGUGUGAGGUGUGCAUCCUGGUUUUCUCGUUGACGGACAGGCGCAGCUUCCACCGGAUCGCUCAGCUCCGUCUGCUGUUGAGGGAGACGCUGCCGCACACCCCCAUCAUCCUAGUGGGCAACAAGAGUGACCUUGUGCGCUCCCGUGAGAUCAGCACAGAGGAGGCGCACUCCAGUGCAAUGAUGUUUGGCUGCCUGUAUCUGGAGCUCUCCGUCUCUCUGGACCACCACACUAAUGACCUACUGGAAGCGGCUGUGAGAGCAGCCCGGGGCCACAACCUGGGACCCGGCUGGACAGAGGGGUCCCCCACAGCGGCCCGCCGAGAGAGCUUGACCAGCAGGGCCAAGCGCUUUCUGUCAGGGCUCGUUCCACGCACCCACCUCGGCCGAGACAGGGACAGGGAGGGCGGCAGAGACAGAGACCUCAGCAGACACAGAGGAAGCAGGAUGCUCAGGCAGAAAUCACGUUCUUGUCAUGACCUCAGCGCUCUGAUGUAACCGAAUGACAAAUGACAGAGAGCGAGAAGGAGAGGAGGUGUUAAAGGAAGCUAGUGAAGGGCUUGAAGAACUGCAUGUAAGAUUGACAGGUGAGGAGAUAAGAGACAGUGUUGCUGCACCACUUCACAGAGGAGAUAAUUCUCCGGAGAUAUUACCUAAACUAGCAUGUGUGAAAUUAGUUGUUUAUACCAGUCUCUCAGUCAUUGAACGUGACAGUAGUGCAGCGAAACCUAGCAGUAUAUCCUGACAGAACAUGGCCUUUUAGGUUGCGAGAGGCCUGUAAACAGACAGACCGACCCAAAUAUAGCACCGGAUCUCAGUGUAAUGAGUGUAUCAUGCUGGUUGUGGCAGGCUGUUAGUGGUGAUAAGGUAGCUCCUGUAGUAGAACCAUGCUGACACAGCACGGAUGCAGAACCGUAGUAAAAAUCCUGUUGUAAUAUAAGAAAAAAACUUAAAACGAAAUGUAAUGCCCAUUGGCACAAAAUACGAUGCAUUAGUUAAUGCAUGUAUUCAGCGUUUUAGAUUUUCCCUUUUCUUCCUCUUCCUUAAUGAUAGCACAUUUUCAGGUUUAAGGAAACCAAAUGUUGAUGCGGCUGCACGAUAUCCGAAUUUAGGAUGUUAAACAUUUUGUUCACAAUUGGGGAUACUCUUUACGAGAACCAACUGAAUCCUGUAAUUCUUUUUCACAGUUGUCAUAGGGCAUAUUCCCAAUGUUUUUGACCCAUUUAAGGACUACAAAAUAAUAAUAAAUAGGAUUUUAAUUUGAAAUAAUUUUUUAGUAUGACUAUAAACUUAGGAUACUGAUAUUUAAAUAAUUAAUUUUCAAGUAUUAAACUAUCAAGCGUUUAUUUUGGUGGUUGCCACUGAUGAGCACAGUUUCGUGGUUCACUCUGAAACAUGCAGUGCAUACAUUUAUUUAAAGGGUUAGUUCACCCAAAUAGACAAUUUAGGCAAUAAUAACUUUCCCUCAUGUUGUUCCAAACCCGUGAGACCUCCUUUUAUCUGUGGAACACAGUUUAAGAUAUUUUAGAUUUAGUCCGAGAGCUCUCAGUCCCUCCAUUGAAACUGUGUGUACGGUAUACUGUCCAUGUCUAGAAAGGUAAGAAAAACAUCAUCAAAGUAGUCCAUGUGACAUCAGAGGGUCAGUUAGAAUUUUUUGAAGCAUCGAAAAUACAUUUUGGUAAAAAAAUAGCAAAAACUAUAUUUUAUACUUUAUUCAGCAUUGUCUUCUCUUCCGUGUCUGUUGUCAGAGAGAGUUCAAAACAAAGCAGUUUCUAAUAUCUUAAACUGUGUUCCGAAGACGAACAGAGUUCUUACGGGUUUGGAACAACAUGAGAGUAAGUUAUUAAUGACAUAAUUUUGCUAUUUGGGUGAACUAUCCCUUUAAUUAAAUUAAAGUCCUAGCAAUUUGAUAGUAUGAGUAUUGUGAUAUUCUUUGGUGCAAUUAUUUCCAUAUAUCCUGCAGCAUUACUGGUCGACUGACUACUUAUCAGAAUAAUGUUUAUAGUGGUUACGGCUCUGAGUAAACACUUGUGUCCUAACCAGAUGUAGUCUUGUGUAGUCCAGACAAAAAAAAAAAAAAAAAAAAAAAAGAAAUUCUUGUAAAGUGACCUAAAACAGUUUUUUACACACCAUUAAAGGACCAGUUUGAAGUAAAUUAUACUGUAAUAAUAGACUGCUAUGUAAAAAAAAAAAGAGGCAAAUAAUAGAAAAAAUUGCAGAUGAGAAUAUAUUUGCAGUUUUAUACACAUUUUUAUGGAAGUAAUGAGAUCACGUUGCAUUGAGGGCUGGGCUAUUUGACAUUGCAGCCAAGAAAUUAAAACCAAGCAACUGACAAAAUAUUGCUCUACGCCAUUACAUCUGUUUAGGACACAGUGUUAAAUCACAAUGUGAACUGAACUUGUGACAACUCUUUCAAACUAAAUUAUUCUUGAAAUACAAUGUUUAGUGAUAAACAUCAGGUUUAUUGGCUAACCUCUUCCAAACAACGGAUGUGUUGACUCCUGAAUGGGGUUGUUUCCUAAUGCACUCUGUUAUUGCAGAGGCAUAUGGCACCCAAGAAAUUUGCUUAGAGAUUAAUCGCAAAGCAAUGUGCAACAUAUGGGGCUGAAUCAGCGCAGAACUGCGGAGGAGUGGUAAUGAUAUUCAAGUUUUUUUAUUGUUCUCGUAUAAACAGUCGGCCAGUUGCAGUAAUUGCAAAUUUUGCCUUCAAGGGCCUUGUUUACAAGCGGAUUUAACACUUGCUAAAAUAGUUUGCAUACGCGGUUUCUGUAGCAUGAUGAACGAUUUCAAGUGAAAAUGUGGCGCACUGCUGAUAUAACAUCCUUUUCUUUAGAAAACAAAAUUUGUGGUUGGAAUUAAUUGGCUUGACGUGAAUUUUUCAUAACAGGAAGAAACUAUUCAAACAUAAGCAAUGUUUGUGAUUACGUACUGAUGAAUUUCUUCCUCAAACAGUAAUUAGAGAAAUGUAAUCUUGGACACACAGUAAUGACUUCAGUCAGUAUUUUCACCUAUUUUCACAUAUAUUCACAUAUUCACAAUAAGUCUUAACCAUAGGGAGAAAAUCACAAAACCACUCAGAACAAAAUCACUUACUAACUGAUUGUUGAAGAUGUAAUGGGACAUUUUGCGAUGUAACCGCAAAAUGUUGUUGUGUUUUUCUGUUAUUAACAUCCAUUUAAACUCUUAAUUAUGUGCAAUCAUAAUUAAACUCUACCAAUGUGGUUGGAGUAAUACGCAGACCUGUUAUUUAAUGAGCAUAAAAAUAAGAAAGUAGGCAAUAUUCGGCAAUCAGUGUUGGCAGGGAAAGCAGAUUGGACUGUAGAGAGAGCUUUGAUAAAAUCUCUUAAAUCAGGGCAAACUCUAGAGAAUUACUUGGUUGUGUGAAAUUACCAUUGAGCUAAUUUGACACCUCAGUCUAUAAUGAAAGCAAGUCAUCUUCAAACUCAAUUCUGUAUGACAAGUGAAUGAACUUACUGACUAUCAUUUUCCUUUAUACGGGUUGAUUGUAAUAUAUAUUAUUUGGUAUUUAGCUGCAUGCAGUAGCUAAAUGCAAGUCUCAGAGAUCAAAAAGGCACUUUCGAUUAACCCCAUAAAACCCUGGGUUCAGGUUAAAACUGUACUUUCAUUUUCCUCUCACUAAAUAAUCACCAAAAAGGACCAGAGGUUAGGACAAGCAAUACUGAGAACGGCCCACUUUGUCACGUAGUCUUAAAGCAUGUCUUUUUUUCUCAUAUCGUCUUUAUCAUGAGGCUCAUUGUGAUUUCACCAAAUAGUACUUGGGUGUCCGUUAGACAGGAAUUUUCUUUAUUUUAUAUAUAUAUAUAUAUAUAUAUAUAUAUAUAUAUAUAUAUAUAUAUAUAUAUAUUAGAGUUAAGACCCUUUCAUAUGAAUUGCACCAGAUCUUCAAACAAGCAUGUGGUCUCGCAAAAUAUUACUGUCUUCAGUUAUCCAGUCAAAGUAGAUCUGUAAGCGAGAUCUUGGGAUGUCAAAAAUAAAAAGGAAAAAAGAAUAAAUGGUACAACUAAAUGGGGGGAAAAAUUACCAUUUAGCCUUUUUAUUUAUUUGCUUUGUAUUUUAAAAAGACCUCUACGGAUGUGAAAUCUUUUCUGAAAAACACUGAGAUUCUUGUAUCUUCGAGUCUGGUUAUCAUUGUCAAAGCUUUAGAAGGUCAGCUACUAAGGUCAAAGUUGAAAUAGUGUUAACGGUGAGCACCAUGCAAUCAUUGAUGCAUCGAGCAACACCGAUGCAAGUGAUUUGACAGGAUUGGAACGUCAUUCUUUUCAACCCAUUAUUUCCAACCCAUUUUUUCCAUAUGAUUUUAGAGGUAGUUAAUAAUUAGGUUUAGAAAUGAUUGUUUGUUUUAAUAAUGUUCUAUAAAAUCGCUGUAGCCUUAUUGUGAGGGUUACCACAAAUUAUAUAAAUUUGGCUGGAAUUGUAAGAGUGUUUAGGCAUGGUACCAUGUGAGCAUAUUUUGAGCCAUAAGAGGAGACCCAGAUCCCACAGAGACGGUCAGGUUUUGUUCUGUAUUUUCACCUACUCACAUUUUAGACCCAUCAACACAUGAUCUCAUGAAAUCCACUCAGUAUGCCAUAGGACCAAGCAUUUCUGUGGGGGCUGGCCACACAGGCUUAUGCAACAACAAUGAAAACAACGUUCUGGAAACGUUCUGGGGUCAAACAUGGCAGCACCAUUCACUUGUUUCUCACUAUAGAUGAAUGUUAUCCACUCUGUCUUUGAAAAUGAGAGAAUAAAGACAAUUUGUUAUGAUA